UCCUCACAUGCACACACGAGUCGAGAGUCACGUCACGUGUUUGCUUUGAGAAAACUCACACACGCACCACACGGUGGAGUCAUCACGAACACGAACCGGAACGAAUUGCAAUCGGAUCGUUUCGUAGUCACCGCACCUCAGUCUCGUAACUGGCGCCUCCUUUCACUGUUCGCUUCUCACGUCUUCUAUCAAGCCAUGGACCUCGAUCCUCGUCAAUACGAAAACGUUGCUAUAAAUGAUAAUGACAUCCACAGUGUUGUUCUGUCAUAUCUCAUACACAAUUGCUACAAAGAAUCGGUAGAAUCAUUCAUUACUAGCACUGGGACAAAGCAGCCUGCAGAUUAUUUGGAGGACAUGGACAAAAGGAAAAGAAUCUUUCACUUUGCACUAGAGGGAAAUGCACUCAAGGCCAUUGAGCUUACUGAGCAGCUAGCACAGGAUAUUUUAGAGAAGAAUAAGGAUUUGCAGUUUGAUCUACUAAGCCUUCAUUUUGUUGAGCUUGUGUGCUCCAGGAAAUGCACAGAAGCUUUGGAGUUUGCUCAGACCAAGCUGGGCCCUUUUGGAAAGGAGCCCAAAUAUAUGGAAAAACUUGAAGAUUUUAUGGCCCUUCUUGCUUAUAAGGAGCCAGAGAAAUCCCCAAUGUUUCAUCUCCUUAGCUUAGAGUAUCGGCAGCAGGUUGCAGAUAGUUUGAAUCGGGCUAUUCUUGCACACUUGAAUCUUCCCAGAUACACAGCAAUGGAGAGGCUAAUACAGCAGGCUACAGUUGUUAGACAAUGCUUAAGUCAAGAAGCGGGCAAGGAUGGGCCUCCACCAUUUUCCUUAAAGGAUUUUCUCAAAAGUUGAUGGAUAGACGAUUGGGAAAUGAAGCCGUUCUUGUCACAUAUCGGAUUGGUUAAUGGUUUUAUCAUAGGUGUAAAGUUUUUUAAUACCUUUUCAUCUAUAAAUUAUUUGCUGCUAAGAUCUUUUUGGUCUUGCUGCAAUUUUGUGAAGCAUGAGUAAUCCAUUAUUAGCUAUGGGAAAAAAAUGCAAUUGGAACCGGAUUGAGAUGAUUCUUCCUGUCUGUGGCAGUUAGAUGGUCUCGUUUAGGGCCAAAUUUCAACUGCCAUAGUUUCUACUAAUUUAAGUUAUUUUCUAUCCAUUACAAGUUUGAACAGACAAAACUAAUUAUCAGAGUUCCUUUAGAUGAUUUUUAAUCCA